AUCAAUUCACAUUAUUAUUUGCUUGUGCCUGUGAUAAGCUUUCCGCAUGUAGUAUGGGGAGAGGGAAGGUGGAUCUGAAGAGAAUAGAGAAUCCAACAAGCAGACAUGUAACCUUUUCCAAGAGGAGAAAUGGCAUUCUAAAGAAAGCCUUCGAGCUUUCAAUUCUUUGUGAUGCUGAAGUUUGCCUGCUUGUCUUCUCUGCCACUGGAAAGGCUUACCAGUUUGCAAGUCAUGACACGGAUAGGACCAUUGCUAGGUACCGGAGAGAAGUGGGACUGCUCGGAUCAAAUGACCAGUACUGCAGAACCAUGGAGUUUUGGAGAAAUGAGAUUGAAGAGUUAGAGAGAACAAUAGCUACCACGGAAACAGGACUCAAGCACCUCUGUGGAGAAGAUAUAUCAACGUUGGGCAUGAAAGAGUUAAAACAGCUCGAGAGACAAUUAAAGACUGGGGUUGAGCGCAUCCGCUCUAAGAAGAGACGCAUUAUUACGGAGCACAUCAACUUGCUGAAGAGAAAGCAUAGAGCCCUGCAAGAAGGGAAUACUCGUCUCCAGAAAAGAAUUAAGUUGCAGGAACUUCGUGAUGCAAGCAUAGGCACGGGAAUUCUGGACCCAAAUCCAUGUAAUGCAUUUCAGCAAAGGGUUGUUGAUGAUGGAAUUCUCCAUUAAACUGGAAGUGCUAAAAUGGCAUUCUCCAAGUUUUCUCCAUCGGUCAUGCUUUAGAUUUGUUACCUUAUAUUAAGCGUUUGAGUGGGUUUACAUUUUAUCAUGCAUGCCUGUAUUAUGCUAAAUAAUAAAAAGGUCUACAUAUAUAGUUGAAAAAAGGUGGGAAAAAAAAAAGAGAGAGAGCUUUCAGAGACAAAUGUAUUCAGCUAUAUUUCAUGGUAAAUUGAGUUCGCAAAGAUUUAAUUUUCUUGAGGGGGAACAACGAUUCAUUAUAUGCACCAAGAUCAAUGAAACUCACAGAUUAAGCAUAUUGAUUACUUGCACACCUAUACAGUGAGUAGUAGCGUACAUGCACAAUGGAGCAUAUAUAUAGCAUAGACUAAUUUCAAGAUUAUUACAAGUAGUUUAAUCGUGUACCCUAAGUCGCUCUCGAACGCUUGAGAUGUAAUUUGCAGCUUUUUCAUCAAUGCUUUCAUCGUAGCCAUUGGAGUCAUAACCCAUACCUGAAUAGGUGUAAGAAUUCUUGUCCUUGGGUUGAUGACGCUGUACUCCAUCAUUAUACAUGCCCACAGAAGCAACCGAAGAUGGGUAGGGCUUCACAUAUUGAACAGAAGAUGAGGGCUUGGCUGCUUGAUACAAAGACAUGACUACCAUGUGUUUGGCCUCCAUUAACUCCUAGAUGAUUUUUAUAUGGGUAUGAUGAACGCAAGAGAAGUUCAUAUUUAUAUCCACUCGGUUCAAAAAGGGCAAAAUAAAAAAAUCUUGGAGGUACAGGAUAUGAAUCAGAUAGAUAUUUGAAAAAAGUGCCUCGUAUAGAUAACAAUCCAGAUAUAUAUAUGUUCUUGUCCUUUUACAGGGAGCUUUAUUGGAUGUCAAAAAGAUGCUUCCACUACUUCCAAUAUCUGGUAGAAAACUUUCUACCUGGUGCACUAUAUGGCUUCUUGGCCCAAGACGCGGUGGGUGCGGGCCUGUUUUGGUUAGCCCCAACUGAACUUUAUAGAUUCGGUUCCAUAUAAUUUUAGUUUUUAACGAUUGUAAUCCAAUUCAAAAUUGUAAUCUUACUUCGAUCUUUAGUGUUACAUGACAUGUCUCAAAAUUAUAA